CUUCAAUACUUUCCACUUAUGCUCCAUUUGUGGUACUCUAGAUUUUUGCUAGAUUUUUUUCUGCAAAUUCUUACACUAUCAAUCCAUUAUCUAGUUACAAUCCUGCUUCCACAGUUUUCUCCUUUUUUACUAUAGUAAUAUCUUGCUUCUCUGUAUUAAUUUUUGUCACAAUUUGUUUUGUGUUACAGAAUACCAAGAAUGAGUAAUUUACAGUGACCAUGCAUUCAUUGGCUUCUAGUUCCAGAGACUGGAAAGUGCAAGAUCAAGCCAUGGCAACUGAAGACUACAACUCUGAUAAACCGCUGCUCAGAAAAGAAAGGAAGCAAAAUCUCCAAGACAUUCUGGAAAAUGAAGGAAUAGACACUAAAUUUUGUUUGCCCAAAUUGCAGGAACAUCUGCACAAGACCUGGGAACAGGACUCCCUAUAUUUACAAGAAAAAGACCUCCAGAGCUUGAAAUCCCAGGAGCAGCAUCAAUAUGACAGAACAGCCCCGGAGAAGCAUUUUGAUCUGUCACAUUCAAAUAUUCACCCAGAGUUACAGGAGUCACUAGAGGAGAUGAUAGACAAAAGGUAUGAACAAGCAGAACAGGCACUGCAGGAGCUAACGGACCUGUUUUUAGAAGAAAGGCAGAGGCAGGAAGAAACAAUGAGUAGUAAACUACAUGAUAAAGACAAUAUUAAAAAUGACUUCAUAGAAAAUAGAGCUUUCAAAGAUUUACUUCAACGUCUAGGCCUAGAACACUACUUCCCUAAAAGGAUGGGCAGAGAUAACUUUCAUCUGAUCUACAAGACUUCUGUCUACAAAACCCGCCCCAGUGCUGAAUGGGAGCUUCCUUUCUACUUCCUACAGAAGCUACUGAUGCUCGAUUGUGGGUUGAGAUAUCUGGUCUGCAGAGAAAAAGAAAACAUAGAAUAUCAGGUCUAUCCAAGCACCUCUGACCAGGACAACGAGGCUUCUGAUCCCUAUGAAGACCUUUUUGAUGAUGAUGAUAGUCCUUUUACAGCUAAACCCAGGCCUCAUAUUCACCCGAUGGAUAUCCAGAUGGCAAUUUUUCACUGUGCAGAUGAUUUUGCCAGGCAAUAUAUUUUGGACAAACUUUCUAUUUGUCAAUUUGCCCUCCCCCUGUUGGUGCCUAACCCUUGUACUUCACAAAUUGAAUUCUCUCUCUGGUGUCUCAAACAAAUUAGGAGGACUUGGCAACAUAAUAGCAAAUCAUUUAAAGGAAAGAAGCAGAGUUUUAACAACCAGCAGAUGUGUCGUGUACCCUCCUCCAUUGUGUCUUUCAUUAGAGUUGGAAAUGGCCUGUCUGCUUCCAAAUCUAAGAUCAUGAACUGUGUUCUCAGUAAACGAAAACAUGAUGUGUUUUUUCACCGACACUGCCAGGGAAGCCACAAAGACUGUCUCUUGAUGGAGGGUGUAGUGGAAGUUUGCUGGUACUGUCCCGGGGAAGAAGAGAAAGACAGAUUUGACAACUGUGUGACCUUCACCAAUCUUCAUGGAGAUGCAAAGCACCACCAGCAGCAGCUAGCCUUCCUGCAGGAGGUUUCUUCUCUCAUUGUGAUCCUUAUGUCAACCUCUGAUGACAAUGAAGAAAACAGAAAAAUUGUCUAUGAUCUAUGGCAAUCAUCCAGGCCUUUGAUCUGCUUACUUGUUGACAGAGGAAAACACACAGUCAGUAAUUCUCACAAAAGAGUAAGAAUUGGCAUCAGAAACAGAAAUGAAGCAGACUUAACAGAAGAGAUCAUUACUGCAAUCAGACGUUUGCUGCAGCUCUCUAAUACUGCUCUCAGCCUAGAAGACUGUUCUCACAUUGCUCGCAAGCGAGGAUUCCUUAUUGAUGAAGACCAGAGAGACUGCAAGGAAGCCAAAGAAAAGGCAGAGACCAUAACAGCCCCUCUGAGAGACAUGAACUUAUCUCACAUGAAGGAAAAUGUAUUACCCCUUCAGGGAGAACUAUGGCAUCUUUGGUGUAAAAAGGACAAAGAACUCUAUCAUCUAAGAGAGAAGGGAAACAAGAGCAUUGAACAACACAAGAGUGAGAUUGAGACACAAAAACAAAAAAUUAGAUAUAAACAGUUCUUAAAAGCCUUUCCUCUCAAUGAUUUCAUGCAAUCUUUCCUACGAUUUUUGCAACAAUCUUCAGAAACACAUGUCAAACUGUACUUUUUGCAGUGGCUGAGUGUGUUUUUGGACAGCCUCACUGAAGGACACUUAGAAAAUCUGCGUGAAAAACAAAACUCUUUGUGGUCAAAGAUACAAACAGAAAAGCAAAAGACACAGAAGAGCUGCUCCCUGGACCUCUCACAAAAUGAACUGGAAAUCAUCUCCACUGAAAUCAGUUACUGUGCAUUGGGAAUUGAACAGCUUCUCAGAGAAGUUGCACAGAUAUAUGAAACACUAGAAGAAACUUCUGCCAAAAGAGAUAUUGUUUUUCAUUUUCUUCCUGAAAUUGCUGCAGACCUGAUGCUAUCUGGCAUGCCCAUUGAGCUGAUGGAUGGGGAUGCAUCCUACGUGCCUCUAAAAUGGGUCGCAGCUGUGUUUGACAAGGUCUCUGAGAGACUUUCAGGUAAGAGACUGUUUGUUCUCUCUGUUCUGGGCCUGCAGAGUUCAGGAAAGUCCACCCUGCUGAAUGCCCUUUUUGGGCUGCAGUUCAGUGUCCGUGCAGGCAGAUAUACCAGGGGGGCCUACAUGCAGCUCCUGAAUGUGGAAGAGAGCUUUGCAGAGAAACUUGGAUUUGAUCUUCUGUUGGUUAUAGACACAAAAGGACUCAAGGCCUCAGAAUUUAACAACAAAUCCCAGAAUAGGAACAAUGAGUUGGCAACCUUUGUCAUUGGACUUGGAAACUUAACUCUGAUCAAUAUUUUUGGAGAGAAUCCAUCAGACAUGCAGGAUAUCCUACAAAUAGCCGUCCAGGCCUUUCUGAAGAUGAAACAAGUGAAAAUCUCCCCAAGUUGCCUCUUUGUUCAUCAGAAUGUGAUGGAAGUUACAGUAAAAGAGCAAACCAUGGAAGGACAAGGACGGAGGCGGCUACAGCAGAAACUAGAUGAAAUGGCAGUGAUCGCUGCUGAGCAAGAGCAGUGCUCCAAUGUGUCCUGCUUCAGUGAUGUCAUUCAGUUUGAUGUCAAUACUCAUGUCUACUAUUUCCCUCACCUUUGGGAUGGCAACCCCCCAAUGGCCCCUCCUAAUCCUCGCUAUAGUCACAACAUCCAAGAACUGAAAAGCAAAAUUCUUUUGAUGGCUAAACAAGAAUCUAGAGGAAAUAUCAUGAAGAUAUCAGAUAUGAAAUUCCGAGUGGAAGAUUUAUGGAGAGCCCUCCUCAGUGAGAACUUUAUUUUCAGUUUCAGAAAUACCCGAGAGGUCAAGGCCAUGACCAAACUGGAAACCAUGUACAACCAGUGGUCCUGGAAGCUGAAGAGUCAUGUGUUGCACUUGCAGAAUCAGCUGAACAAUCAGAUUCAGAAUGGAAAAAUUCAGACAUUGGAGAGAAGCUCACUUGAAGGUCCUAUAACAGAAAAAUAUGAAACCAUUAAGGAAGACCUUGAGAAGUAUUUUAAGGAAGACCCAGAGAGUGAAAUUUUGAUUCAAUGGAAAGGAAAUUUUGAAAAUAAGUUACAAAUUCUUCAAGAGACACUUAUUUCACAUGCCAGAAAAGAAGCCAAUAGACGUAUUGAUCUUAAAAGAUCUCAGGAAAGGCUGGAUAGCAAAAAGAUGGAUUAUGAAAAUGAAAUAUUGCAAAAGAGUCGAGAGUUGGCUUUAACUCUAAAAGGUAAAGAAUUGAGUGAGAAGGAGUUAAAGAUUAAAUUUAAUCAACUCUGGAAUAAAUGGAUCUAUGAUAUAUCCUCAAAUCUUCCUCCAGCGGUAGAGCCUAACAUUGAGGUGGAUUCUAAGGACGUUCUUUUGGCAUAUUUCAAAAAUGAGAGAAACAUAAUGGAUAUGAUACAAACAAAUUCUGGAAAGAAAUUUGAAAUCACCUAUGAGAAACAUAUCAAGUUAGCUGAGCAGUUUUUACUUUUUGCAAGUAAUUUAGAGGUAGGAGACAGAGAGUUAAUUCAUGUGACUACUAAACGCAUUUUUAUAAGAUUUGAUGAAACUAUUGAUAAUAUUUGGAAGCAAAGUCGCGAUUACAAUGUAAAUGAUUUUCAUGAAAUUCUGAGAAUAAUAGAACAGGAAGUGACAUCUGCACCUACAAAUAAAAGAUUCUCAUUUACAAGCAACUACAAAAUGGAAUUAUCUUUGUGUUUAUUCAAAAGAGCAUCAAAAAAUUUUAAAGAAAUACAUAUGGCUUUCAUGAGAACAAAUGAUCCUGUAAACUAUCUGGAAAGUAAAAAAGAUGAUUUCUUCACAAGUUUCAAGAUUUCUUGCCAAGGAGCAACCUCUGUCAAGUCUUUUGUAGACUUUCUGUGGAACAAGCUCAUUCCUGCUGUAUCUACUACCAUACGAGAAAACAUGGCCUCUAAAAUUGCUGGGGACAUACAAGCUACCUGCCCUGCAUUCAGUGGAAACAAGGCUAAGCUGGAAAAACAUAUUCUCAUCUCUCUGGCAAAAGAAGAAAACUUUGAUAAUUACUGGCAAUACAUUCAUGAGCCAGAGUCCUUUUUCAGCAGUUACAUUAAAAAGCAUAUUAAAAUAUACUGUUCAGAAGAAAAAGAUGGAAAAAUAAGCACUUUUUUAAAAAUGAAUUUAAAGGACAUUGAAAAUGCCAUCCUUUCUGCUAUUCAGGAAUCCAUGGCACAGGCCAAAGAUAAAAGCAGCACUGCAUCUGAGUGGUUAGAUUUCUUCUGUGAUCACCUGGGGAAUAGCUUAAUCUUUCCACGAGCAGAUCUGAGAGUCAUUGAACACCAGGAGCUAAAAGAUAUGGAGUCUCUCAAAGAAGCCAUGAGAGAAGCAUUGGAUGGUGCAAUGAUGAAGGCAGAAGAAAAGUUUUUAAGUACACCUCUAGAUGAAAUGGUUCCUGUAAUUGAGAAAAUCCUCUCUGAGCAACUUUGUGGCUGCUGGAAACAAUGUCCUUUCUGUAAAUCCAUCUGUACCAAUUCAAUUUCUAAACAUGAAGGAGACCACAGUGUUUCUUUCCACCGUCCGCUGGCUGUCAGUGGAGGUUGUUGGUACAAAACCAAUGAGCUCUCAAUUGACAUCUGUUCAACUGCAGUGGCAAGUGAUACUCGGUUUAUUCUAAGGGAUACCCUGAAAAUCCCAUUCAAGACCUAUCGGCAGGCAGGAGGGGAUUAUGCCAUGUGGAGUAUCACCCCAGAUUUAUCCUCCCAGCCAUAUUGGAAAUGGUUUGUCUUUCACUUCAAAUCAAAGUUAGAAGAAAAAUAUGGGAAAAUAUUUCAAAAUAGAGGUGAAAUCCCUGGUGCAUGGAUGAUAAUCACAAAGCAAGAUAUUUUUAACAACUUGAAAAAGUAACUCAGCAAAAAAUAAAAAGUUAAUAAAUAACACUAAACACAGAAGACACCUCUAGUAUCUGAAAAACAAUGCCACAGUCUGAUACCAUACUAAAACACAACCUCUUACAACUAGAACUUCAACUGCCCACUUGUUAAAUGAAAUAUAUGAAAGCAAACCAAUUGUUUUAAAACAUUGAAGAUGUCCUCUAAAAGAAACUCUUUUCUGUCUGUGUCAGCUCCUUCUGGUUCAAAAUCAAAUUAAUAACAUAUAUGAACCUGUGAUAAAAUCAAUUUAAAUUUCUAGCUUCAUACUUUUAAAUAUUUUCCUAAAUAUUCUCUAAAAUAUAUGAUGUGCCAGGCUUGCUGGUACAAUCCUGUAAUUCCAGCACUUGAUAGGCCAAGGUAGGAGGAUCCCUACUGAGGCCAGUCUGAAUUACAUAGUGAAACCCUGUCUCAAAAACUCAAAAAAUAUAUAUAAAAUAUAUGAUGUCUCAUAGAAAGAAACCUUAACUAGAAAUUUAAACUCAUUCUGGGCUGCUGGAAAAUUUUUAUACAGUAACUAUAUAAAUAUUUGAACAAACAUACAGAUUUUGUAUGAAGUUAAAGUUGACUCUGUAAGGUUUUUAAGUGAUUAUUUUUGCACUAUUUCAAGUUUUCAGGAAAAAUUAUCAACUUUUAAUUAUAAAAACAUACCUAGAAAUUUUAUGAUUUUUAAGCAUAGCAAUAUUUAAAUACAUUGUAUUCUAUGAAAAAAUGAAUUAUAGAAUAUACCAUGAUAAAGACUUUAUCAACUCAGAAAACAUUAUUAAAAACAGAUGGGAAAUAAAAACACUAACAAUAUUUUCAUUUAAACACUGUGACUUCUGGGAGAACAUGGCAGACAAAUAACAGCAGCCAUGGAGGCUCUCUCAGAUUACCAGCUUAGAAUCCAGGAGCAGUGCCCUGUGAGGAGUCCUACGUGACGGGAGAUCUACCUUGCUGACCCAGGAACAAAGUAAGAUGAGAGAAACGAACUGGAAAUGCAAUCCUGAUGCUGUAAAAGGAGCAGAUAAAAUCUCAGUGCAGAAGCUGGGUCCCACGCCUUUGGAAACCGCAAUUUGAAUUUCCUGCUGCUGAUACUGCGUCCCAAUCCACACAGCAGGGAGACAGGCGUGUGAAAGUUCUGAGAGUGGGAAUCAGCCCAAACGGUGUUGAGAGCAGGACUGGCAGGGAGCCCUGCAUCGACCUGCGGUGAGUGAGAGAAAUGGGGACCCUUUCAUAGACUAGGAGGCUCCAACAGAGGACAUUCUGGGAAUGGGCAGACUAGCAGGAACACAGCCCUGUAGUGACUUUAGUAGCAUAUUCCCCUCUCAAGCGGGAGUGGUGGGGAGUGUUUGGCCUGGUGAUGCUUUGGACUAAGAUCCUGUAGGCUAGCCCAAAUCAGGUCCCUGUGCUUGGCGGUGCACCCUAGCAGUGAAACAUUCAGUAGGUUGACCUGGAGGGGUGGGCCCAGCAGAGGCUGCCCAGGUCUUUGUCUCCCUAGUAUACUGCAGUGGGCAGGAACACCUAGUAGGCGGAUUCAAACAAACUGCAACAGACAAAGAGAAAAAAAAUAACUGAGCAUCCUACAUACGCUUGUAUGGAAGGAACAAAAUAUGGGAAAAGGGAGCAACAAGAAAGGGUCCUCAGUCCCCAACCCUGAGAACACUGAUCCAGGAAAGGUAAAAGCAAAAGAGAAUAAAGACAGAAAACAUGCAAUAUCAGACACAGCACCUAUAGAUAUAAAGCGGUUUCUCCAGAGCCUCAUAGACGAGUUCAAAAAUGAAGUAUUUAAUGAAAUAAAGCAAGAAAUAAGUAGAAUAGUUAGAGAAAUGCUAAGCACCACCCAAGAAAAAAACAGAUGGUGGAAUGGAAGAACAGAAAAAAAGGGGAGAAUUGUUUGAUGGAGAAAAUACAGAAAACAUAAAAUAUGUGAAGCAGGUUCACAGAGAUUACCAGGAAACUCUAUUGAAAGCUGGCAUGACAGCCUGAAAGAAACAAAGGAUAGAUUAUCAGAACUGGAGGACAGAUUUGUAAGGUGGGAGCAUGAAAUGAAAAACUUCUUAAAAAUAACAAGAAAACAAACAGCAAUAAUACAAAGACUAGAAGAUGAUAAGAGGAUCUAUAACUUAAGAAUAAAGAACAUAAAAGAAGACGUAGGGACUCAAACAAAUGAACUACAAAAGCUAUUCACAGAAAUAAUCCAGGAGAAUUUCCCUAAUUUAGCAAAAAGUAAAGAUACUCAGAUGUAUGAGGCAUACAGGACCCCCGUCACCUACAACCCAAACAGAGCUACACCCAGGCAUAUAAUUAUCAAAAUUCCAGAAAUCCAAUAUAAGAACAGAAUAUUAAAAGCCAUCAGAGAUAAGAAACAGAUCACUUACAAGGGAACACCCAUCAGAAUUACAGCAGACUUCUCAGCACAAACCAUCAAAUCACGAAGAGCGUGGGGGGAAAUAAUUCAAGCUUUGAAAGAUAAUAACCUCCAGCCAAGAUUGAUAUAUCCUGUACAACUGUCCCUAGAAAUUGAUGGAAAAACAAGGUGCUUCCAGGAUAAAGAGGAACUAGGGGAAUUUGCAACCACCAAUUCAACUCUACAAAGAUUACUGCAGGAUAUUCUAAAAAUGAAAAAUACCAAGAUUCCAGAAACAGUGGCAGAGCGGCCACAAUGAAUGGAGCAAAAAGUGAAAUGAAGAGGACAAACUGACAACUAAUGACAGAAAAAAGCUCAACAGAAAUGAGGCAGAGAAGGUUGGAUGGUAGGAACAGCCAUUCUAGAGAAAACAAGACAUCAUGAUAGGUAGUGCUGAUUUAAUAUCCUCUUGUUUUGAAGUCCCAUCAAGCUUUUGUUCUUCUGUCUCCAUCAGUUUUAACGUGUUGUAUCUUAUUGGAUUUUAUUAUAUCUGAUAAUAUAAACAAAAACUUUUAUAGACAAGGAGAUUAUACAGAAACCAUUGUUCAUUUUCUGUUAGUUGAUUCUAAAUACCCUGUAAUACUGUCAUUCUCUUGAAUGAUUUUACAUUGUCUUGAUAUGUUUGAUGCUACAGUAUAUGAAGUUAUACCCAAAGAUUUUAAGGGAAGAGACACUAUGGUAACUACUAUUAUGUCGAGAUUAUCUUGUGGUGAAACACUAUUUUGCUUAAAUGGCUACGUUUUGACCUGCACUGUUUUGUUGUUAUGCCCUCCUUUUUAUCUCAAUCUCCUUUUUAUUAUCUACUUUUUCAUUUUUAUCCUUUUAAUUAAGGGAAAAAUAAAUAAAAAAUAGCAGGAUAUAUUAUAGUAACCCACUUUGAUUUCCUAUUUACUUGAUUUGAAACUCUGUGUUGCUCUCACCAUCUUGUUUUGACUGAUUUUCCUCUAUUCUGUUAUGCUAGAUAGUACCAAUUUUGAAAGUCUAGGCAACAACUAUGAAGACAGUAAGAUCCAUUGUGACGCCCAUUCUGGUUGACUAUUAUCUUCUUUUGAAGUCCUCUAAUGUCUCCAAUGUUUUGGUUUUAUUGGUCUUAUUCUUUACUGCUUUGUUCAAUUUAUUAUAACUGAUGAUAUAGGCAAUUCUUUUUAAGAUAACAAGAGGCAUUAUGGUAACCAUUGUUGAUCGCCUUGUAUUUUGUUUUUACAUUAUGUAUUAUGUGACUCUGUCCUGGUGUGUCACAUUUGGUUGUACUUCUUCAAAAAAAAAGGCAAUAAGAACUAUGGGAGUAAUAAAACCCAAAACAUGUAAUUGUCAUUGUACAAAAGAAAGAAAAAGAAAGUUCUCUAAAAGAUAUAACUGCAUAUAUAUUUGUGUAUAAGAUAGAUAACCAUAUUACUGAGUUUUGUUGGAUUAUUGAACAAAACUGUUUGCAGUCUCACUGUUUGAAAGUCCCCUCUAUAUGCUUUAAUUUUGUAACUUCAACAACUAUUUCUAAGAUGACAAUAUGUAAUUAACUAGUGAUUUCCUACUGUUUAUUUUUUCUGAAAUUCUGUAUAACUUGUACCCUUUUUCUUUUUUCUCCUUAAAUAAAAUUUAAAAAAAUAAAAUAAA